AUGGCAGGCCGGCAAUUGUGGGUGCGAGUGGGAGUGGACGGCAGUGACUCAGUCUGCCGCCCGCUGCUGCUGGAGGGCGGCACGCGGCUGGCCUUCCCUGUCUCAUACGUAGCAGGGGGGAGCAGAUGUGAACGGGAAAGGGGGGCCGAGGCCAUGGCUUUGCAAGGGCUCAGAAUGGGGUGGGGAGAGGACGGGGCGACAGGGGUGGGGCUGCAAGGGGUGGCGGCCGUGGAAGGGGGGGCAGCGCGGGUGCACGGGACAGUGCUGCUAGAGGUGGUUCGAGAGGGGCGCAAGCACCGGCUUGUGCUUCGCUCCCUCGUUUCAAUCGUCAACGCCUCGCACACGCCCCUGCUACUCCAAGCUCAUCACUCCCACCGCCCCGAUCUGCCUGUGGAAGACGUGGGGGUGUGUGGUGCCAAGAGCACUCUGCACCUUCCGCUGCACCUCACCUCGUCCACCUCCCUCCGCUGGCGACCAGUGCAGGGGCCGUGGGCGUGGAGCGAGGAGACCAGGCUCGAUGAUGCUGUGCUGGCCCCCGCUGCUGCCACUGUCACUUGCACUGGCACCAGUGGGUUGGAUAUUACUGGCAGCAACAGCAGCAUGAGUGCUAUCACCAGCACUGGUAGUGGCGGCGGCACCGGUGGUGUGGCACCGUUGCUGACCCGCUCUGCUUCGUCCUCUUCCAUCUCCACUCCCGGAAUUGCUGCCUCUCUUGACCUGCUUCCGCCCUCCUUCUUCUGCCUCUCCCUCACCGCCUUCCAAUCGCCUCUGCCUCUCAGCUUACCACCCGUGGCACCCUCGCAUUGCCCCAUCGCUCGGACGCCUGUCACCAGUCCACCUCACGAGGCCACCGCUGCUGCCCACCGCUCCCACUCGCCUCCCCUCACCGCCACCAGCCGCCCAAAUCCCAGCAGCCCCCCUCACACCCUCCGCCGUAUUUCGUCCUCUAGCGCCGAUGCCGUCGCCAUUGCAGCAGCUGCUGCAGCCCAAGCUGCUGCUCUCCUAGCCAAUCCGCACCUUCCUGCUCCUACUGCCACGUCAGCAGGCACUGCCAUCGUGGCAACAGCAAACAAUGGCGCCACAUCACCCCCAACCACUAGCCCCUCUUAUCCUCUAUCCAGGAGCGGCAGUGCUGCCAGCAUCGGCUGCCUUUCUCCUGUGUUCGCCUCCUCUGCUGCACCCAUGGAUAGCCGAAGGGCAGGAGGCAGGAGAAACAGCAGAGGAGGGGGUGACGUAUGGUGGGCGGUGGGUGGGGAGGGAGAAGUGGAGAGGAGGGAGAGGGGAGGAGGCGGAGGAGGAGGAAGAGGAGGAGAGGGGGGUGAGGCAAUGGAAGAGGGCAUGGCGUGGGAGCAGCAGCUGUGCCUCGCAGCGCCUCUUGUGUUGAAGAAUCUUCUGCUCGUCCCGGUUACUGGCUCAUCAGUGGAGGUGUUUGACUUCGCCGCCCACCACACCCUUCACGCCACACUGAUCGUCCCCGGUUUCCUGGAAUCCCCACCUCUGCUGCUUCCCACGCCUCCUGCUGACAGCAACAACAGCGGGCGGCAAAAGGGACAGAAGAGGGGAUGGAAGGGGAAAGAAGGAGAGGAGGGGGAGAAGGGGCAGAGGGAAGAGUGGCAGCAGCACAAGGAGGAAGAGCUGCUGCUCACUCGCGUCACAGGUCCCCCCGUGCCCCUGCACCUGAUCCACCUGCACCGCCCUGCCUCUGCCUCCCGCUGCCUGCACCUGCUAGCCCCCUUCACCAUCGUCAACGCCACCGACCUCCCCCUCUGCCUCUCCGACGCGCACCUCCUCGCCACGCCCUCCUCCCACCUCUUCCUCCCCCCGCACCCCGCCCUUCUCACAAGCGACAGCCUGGCAGCUGCCACGUCAGCAUCUCAUCUGACUGCAUUGGUGGCGAGCGGCGUGCCGCUUGUGCCAGCUGGCAGCGCAGCAGGGGGCGGUCCAGUGGGAGGGUUGGCUGCUGUGCUUCCUGGGAUGAGUGGAGGAGUGAGCGUUGCUGCUGAUGGCUCGCUGUCACACGGCCCUGCAGCCGCAAACUUGGGAGCUGGGGAAAGGGGUUCAGGAUCGAGAGGCGAGCGCAGGGCAGGAGGGAGCGAGGAGAUAAGCCAGGGAGGAGGAACGCUGCAACCCCCUAUGGCUCUGUUCACUCCAGCCCCCCCUGCACCCGCUCUUGAUGCCGACUCUGCUGCUUCUGGGGCCACAGCAGGGCUGCACCCCACCCAGCCAGCACUUGUGCUGCGAGUGGGGGGUACUGCUGCUGCUUCUUCUACUACCACAGCUGCUGGUCUGGGUGGUGCUGGCAGUAUGCGCUCGCUCAAUGACCCCCCGCCUUCCACCGUGCCUGAUUGGAGCCACGUGUCGCUCUCUGGUUGGUCGGCAGCUAUCCCAGUGGAGCCAACAGGGGGAGUGGCAGAGGUGUUGAUUCCACAGCAAGCAGGGAACAGCAGCAGUGGUGGCGGUGGCAGUGGCAGUGGUGGCGGCAGCAGUGGUGGUGGUGGUGGUGGAGGUGCAUUCGCACUGAGUCUCACCUGCCAUGACACCCUUGGUGCCUCUGCUGGCCGUGCCAAGACCGUCACCCUUCGCCCUCGGUACGUGCUAGCCAACAGCCUGUCAGCGGACAUACGGGUGAAGCAGCACGGCACGGACCGGCACGUUCUCAUCAAGGCUGGGGGCAACGCACCCAUCCACUUCACCAAACUGCAGCGUCGCCUCUACCUGUCGCUGCGCCUGGCUGACAGCAGCUGUGAGUGGUCGGGUGCCUUCCGCCCCUCCCAGCUAGGCGACACUCAGCUCAAGCUGCGUUGCUCCCCCUCCCCCUCCUCCUCGCCGUCCUCGCCCCUCGCCCUUACUCGCAUCGUGAGGGUCGACGUGUCGCUCGCCGAACCCCACCUGCCACACCCUGCUGCCGCUGCCACUGCCGCUGCCGCCACGCAUACAACCGCCACUGCUUCUACCACUGCUGCUGCCAGUGCUGCGACAAACGCCAGUGGAGGCGGCAGCAGCAGUGGUGGGAUCUCUGGGGGCACUGAGGCAGCGAGGGUUGGCAGCGAUGAUGGCAGCAGCAGGGGAGGCGAGGGCAGUGGCAAGUGGAGUGGGGGAGGCACGUACCUGGUGGUGGUUGGGGAGGACGACUCUGGCUUCAUGCCCUUUCGCAUUGACAACUGCUCCCGCGAGGUGCUGCGCUUCUACCAGCGCGGGUGCGAGGGGCUGGGCCACACUGACUCCCUCAAACCCUUUGCCACUACGCCCUACGCAUGGGACGAACCCUGCCGCCCACACCGCCUCGUGCUUGAGGUACCAGGGGAGGGCGGCAGCAUGGGUCACUUCCCUUUGGACCAAGUGAAGCACUUCCCGCUUGUCGUCCUCCCUGCUACCCCUCAGUUCCCCUACGUCAUCCUGUGCCUCUGUCCGGCUGUCCUCCCUUUCCCUGCCUUGCCUCCCGUUCCCCUCUUCACCUUUUCUUGCCUCUCUGCACUCACAGAGGGAGCAGCGGCGCCUGAGAGUAUCCGUGUGCUCUCUGUGUGUGACAUCGACCUCUUCCCUCCUCCCUCCUCCUUCCCCCCUCUCCGUCUUAACCACUCCACCAUGCCACGUCACGCUGAGCUGGCACCCAGUCAGCACCGCCAAUCGUGGAGUCUCUCCUCCAAAUCCCCCACCGUGCCCCAGUCUUCCUCCUCCUCUCUACUCGAAUUUCUCCUGAGUGUGCGCAUCCCCCUUAUAGCACUCUCCGUUAUAGACGCUCGCCCUCAGGAGCUACUACUGCUCUCCCUACAUCGCCUCUCCAUCUCCCUCUCCCGCUCCGCCCACCAACACUCCCUCUCCUUCCUCCUCUCCCACCUCCAACUCGACAACCAACUCCCCAACGCCCUCUUCCCCAUCCUCCUCGCCUCCUCCUCCCCUCCUCCUCUCUCCCUCACUCACUCCACGCCAUCACCCUUCUCUUCACCCUCACCCUCCCCUUUCUCCAUGCUCCACCCAUCCCACACCCCACCAAGCCUCAUGCUGCUACAAGCUGCACUACAAUCGCCCUCCCUGCUGCUCUCCUCGGUUUUCCACCACACAGCCCAACACCACCGUGAAGCUCCUUCCCACAAUUCCCUCCUGCAAGCGCCGGGCCAAGCCAGCCUGCAAGGGGGGGAAGCAGCGGUGGCAGCAGAGGUGGUGGCGUGGCGGCAGAGAGUGGGCUCUGUACUCUGUGUGGAGAGCGUGAGGGUCGGCCUCGCCGCCCUCUCCCUAGAGCUCGAGGAGCAUCUGCUGCUGCGCCUGCUGGACUUCUCCCGCACGUGCAUCGCUGCACUCUCCGCACUCGGCCACCCUUCGCCUUCCUCUCCGCCCCAUGCCCCCUCUCUUGCCUCCGGCACCAAGGCUGUGGAGAGAGGAAGAGCCGGAAAUGCUGGCGGGGGAAGGGGGCAGGGACGGGAGGGGGUGAGGGGAGUAGCUGGAGCACAGGCAGGGAGGGGAGGUGGAGAUAAGGAGGACAAAAAGGAGGGAGGGCAGCAGGGGCAGGAGCAUAUGCAGCGAGUGUACAUCUGGUGCAGUGGCGCAUCAGUGGCAGCGGUGGGGGUGGUGGGCGGGCACGGCAUGAACACAUCUCCCCACAUUCCAGGCACGGCCAACAUGUACAUAGAGACCAUGGCCGUCCGCCCCAUGCACAUCACCAUCAGCUUCGCCAGUGCACCAUGGGCCGCGGAGCAGAGCAGGGGGGCGGCAGCGCAGGGGGUGUUGGGGGCGCUGGGAGCAGUGGUGCAGCGGAGUGUGCUGUCUCUGGCGGACGUGCAGGGGGCGCCGCUGGGGCUGUCCGCGUGGCAGCUGGAGCAUUUUUUCGGGGGAACGGCAUCGCUGGGAGCGAGGCUUGAGAGGCACUACACGCUGCAGCUGCUGCAGGCGCUGUACAAGGUGGUGGGAUCAGCAGACUUCCUGGGCAACCCGGUGGGGCUGCUCUCGUCCCUCUCUGCCAGCCUCUGGGACCUGCUCGCCUCGCCCACCCACACACUGCUCAUGCGCCGGAAGCUUCCUCUGCGCUUUGUGUCCUUCUUUCAUUGCCCUGCAGAGCCCGGCAGGGUUCGCCAAGGGGGUGUGGGCAGGGUGGACGAGUCUGCUGCGCACCACCCUCUUCGCUCUCUCACACUCCGCCUCCCGCAUGUCCCAUGCCGCUUCCAAGGUGCGAUCCGUCCGUUCAAUAACUCUCAGGUUACUUUGUCGCACGGGCCUGCUAGUGAUGCUCCUCAUCCCUCCCUUGAGACGUCUCUAAGGCCUGCUGUGCUGCGCACCACCUUCUUUGCUCUCUCGCACUCCGCCCCCCGCAUGUCCCAUGCCACUUCCAAGGUAACAAUCCAAUCAGCAGAAGCCAACGGGUGGUGGCACUGCUGCACUCUCCUGGCAUGGCUGCUUGCCUUCCUUCUCUGCUCCGCUCUCUCCCCGGUUUUCCUGCCUGCCAUCUCUCCACCAUCUUUGCAUUUCCCACCAUCUUCCUCUGGUUUCCUUCCUGUCUCCAUGGCGUGCCAUGGCAUGGCAUGGCAGGGGAUGGCAUCAUUGGCAUGGGACGAGGAGAACGAGGAAGGCAUGGAGCGGGCGGGGCAGGCAUGGGCCCCUCACGCCUCAGACGAAGCCUCCUUCUUCGCCUCACUUAUACAGGGCGUGACAGGCCUCUUGGACCGUCCAAUCAGGGGUUGGGAGAGGGGCGGUCUCCCCGGCCUUGCAUCUGGUCUGACGCAGGGAGUGUUGGGAGUGGUGGCACGACCAGCAGCAUCGGCACUGGCACUAGCAGCAAAAACAGCAGAGAGCAUCCGCAACGUGGCGCGUCCCCCCGGCCCCUCCCAGGCUCUGCACCCGCUGCGCCUGCCAAGGCAGCUGAGUCCAGGCCGCCCCCUCGCCCCCUACUGCCACUCCCAAGCCGCUGCUCAAGCUGCUCUGGCUGAGGCUGCAGGGGGGGCGUGGCGAGACGAGGAUGCCCUGGCAUGCUUCGAAGUGGCCCCUGCACCAUCAGCACCAGCAUUGGUACCAGUAUCAGCAUCGUCAUUGCCUGGCUCGCCAGUGGCACCAGAGGAGGCGUUCGUGAUUGUCACACCAUCGCACAUGCUGCACGUGUGGAGGGUGGCAGCAGCGGGGCGGCACAGCAGGAGCCAGAGAGCCAGCCAAUGGCAGGUGGCGUGGGCGGUGCCUCUAAGGGACGUGAUUGGCUGCUGCAGCAUGUUACCCAUUGAAUCACAAGUGCAGCGUGGGAGCAAGCAUGCAGCAGAAGGGAGUGAGCAUACAGCAUGUGCCACUGAAACAGCAGUAGCAGCAGAAGAAGAGAGCAAUGCAUCAGGCCAUGCGUCAACACCACAUCCUGCUGCCUCCAUCUCUCCUGCCACUGAUGCAAUUCAAGCUCAACCCAUGUUGCCGCCCACAACACUGCCGCCCGUCCCUGUGGAUGGAGGGGCUAGUGAGGCUCACGCUGCAAGCAUGGACGCCAGUGGAUCCUCCACAGUUGUUGUCAUGGAGCUUCCGGCUGAAGGCACAGGAUUGGCUUCACUGCAUGGACGGACCCUCCAGCUCUCCACAGCUGAGGAGGCUCAAGAAUUUAUUCAGCUUAUGAAGGUCACCACCAAUGCUCAAGGAAAGGCGGCUCAGCUCAUCAUGUCCCGAGGCCAUCUGCUCUUCCCGCAGGCGCGCCGUGCGGCCGCCGCGGCGUGCAGGGUGGACGCGCUGGUGCCCGCAGCAUCAGCAGCGCCGCGCAGCGGCGGGCGGCUGUUCAGCUCGUCGAGCUCCGCGCCGCCGGCGGACGGCGACGCGCCGAAGGCAGAGCUCACGCCGGUGCAGGCGGAGUGGGCGAAGCGCGCGUCCAAGGAGAUCAAGGGCGGGGAUGCGUUUGAGGAUCUCAAGACACUCUCGCCUGAGGGCAUCUGGAUCAAGCCGGUCUAUUCCUACUCCGACGUGCCCGAGGAGUCAAAGACGGAGAUGCCGGGCGUCUUCCCAUUCUCGCGCGGCCCCUACGCAACUAUGUACACGCAGCGCCCCUGGACCAUUCGCCAAUACGCCGGCUUCAGCACGGCGGAGGAGUCGAACGCGUUCUACCGGCGGAAUCUGGCGGCGGGGCAGAAGGGUCUGUCCGUGGCCUUCGACCUCGCCACGCACCGCGGUUAUGACUCCGAUCACCCGCGCGUGGUGGGAGACGUGGGCAUGGCGGGCGUGGCAGUGGACAGCGUGGAGGACAUGAAGGUGCUCUUCGGGGGCAUCCCGCUCGACAAGAUGUCCGUCUCCAUGACCAUGAACGGCGCCGUGCUUCCGGUUAUGGCGUUUUUCAUCGUUGCUGCUCAGGAGCAAGGUGUGGACUUAGCCAAGGUGUCAGGCACGAUUCAGAACGACAUCCUGAAGGAGUACAUGGUGCGCAACACGUACAUCUACCCGCCCGCGCCGUCCAUGCGCGUGGUGGGCGACAUCAUGGCGUACACGUCAAGGCACAUGCCCAAGUUCAACUCCAUCUCCAUCUCGGGUUACCACAUGCAGGAGGCGGGUGCUGACUGUGCUGUAGAGAUGGCGUUCACCAUUGCGGACGGCCUGGAGUACAUUCGGUGCGGCAUGGAGGCGGGCGUGGGCGUGGACGAGCUGGCUCCGCGCUUCUCCUUCUUCUGGGCCAUCGGCAUGAACUUUUACAUGGAGAUCGCCAAGAUGCGGGCAGCACGGCGUGUGUGGGCCAAGCUAGUCAAGGAGAAGUUCAAUCCCAAGAAUUCCAAGUCGCUCGUCCUCAGGACGCACAGCCAGACGUCCGGCUACUCACUGACCGAGCAGGACCCAUACAACAACGUGAUCCGCACCACAGUGGAAGCCAUGGCGGCCGUGCUGGGCGGCACCCAGUCCCUCCACACCAACGCCUUCGACGAGGCCCUCGCCCUCCCCUCCGAGAUGAGCGCGCGCAUCGCCCGCAACACCCAGCUGAUUCUCCAGGAGGAAACGGGUAUUACCCAUGUGGCGGACCCGUGGGGCGGGUCGUUUAUGAUGGAGGCGUUGACUGCAGAGCUUGAGCGGAAGGCGCUGGAGAUCAUAGAGGAGGUGGAGGCGGCAGGCGGCAUGACCAAGGCCAUCAUGUCUGGCAUGCCCAAGCGGAAGAUUGAAGAGUGCUCUGCUCGCAAGCAGGCGCGAGUGGACAGCGGGCUGGACGUGGUGGUGGGGGUGAACAAGUAUCGCCUCAAGGAGGAGGAGGGAGUGGAGCUGAGGCACAUUGACAACGCUGCUGUGCUCAAGAGCCAAGUCAAACGCCUGGGGGAGCUCAGGGCCUCCCGAGACAAUGAAAAAGUGAAGGCAGCACUGGCAGCGCUAACAGCAGCGGCAAAGAGCACGGAGCGCGGCGAGGGAUGCAACUUGCUGACCCUCGCAGUGGAGGCGGCGCGAGUGCGGUGCACCCUGGGGGAGAUCAGUGACGCGCUCGAGGCAGAGUGGGGCCGCCACGUUGCCGACUCCACCAUCUCUACUGGCGCCUACAGGGGCGAGUACGGGCGUGCAACUGGCGGCCAGGAGACCGAGGAGCUAGCAGCAGUGAAGGCAGCCGUAGAAGCCUUCGAGAAGAGCACCGGGCGGCGCCCGCGUGUGCUCAUCGCCAAGAUGGGGCAAGACGGGCACGACCGCGGCGCCAAGGUGGUGGCCACGGGCCUGGCAGACCUGGGAUUCGACAUCGACAUCGGCCCGCUCUUCCAGACGCCAGCAGAGGUCGCACGGCAUGCCAUGGAAGCUGACGUGCACGUGGUGGGUGUGAGCUCGCAGGCUGCUGGUCACAAGACGCUGGUGCCUCAGCUGCUGGACGAGUUGAAGGCGCAGGGGAUGGAGCGCGUGCUGGUGAUUGCGGGGGGAGUGAUUCCCCCGGAUGACUACCAGUUCCUGUUUGACAAGGGCGUGGGGGCUAUCUUUGGCCCGGGGACCCGCAUUCCCAAGUGCGCGCUGGAGAUUCUCGAAAAGAUCAAGCCGGAGGCUUAA